GUCCUCCUUGAAGUCUCUGUGUACGUCUACAUUCUUACAGAUUGUCAAAGUCCGCUAAAAACUAAGUUUGCGCUCUACUUCGGUGACACGCUUCUUUUGACUUCCGCUUUAAGCUGCCGGAGCCCCGCGAAAAGUGAGACUUUUGCUUCAGGUCUCGGGCAGAGUCCUUUUCGCUCGUGUCCUGCAGACAUGCAGCAGUUGAGUGUUGGCCAAGAAGAAUCGGCGCCUCCUCGGGUUAAAGAGGAGGCCGAGGAUCCGCUAGCCUUUCACAUCAAGGAGGAACAAGAGGAGGCUGAUGUCACCAAGUCGUAUAGUCUGAGUGUCCGGCGGGAGCGACUUUGCCGUCAGCCCCGGCUGGAGAGCUCCACCUUGGAGCAGGCGGAUCAACGGCCCUCCCGCAUAAAAGAGGAAGAGGCGGACCCGCGGCCACCCUGCGUGAAAGAGGAAGAGGAGGAGUUGCCGCUGCAUGUCAUCGUGAUGAAGAGUGAAGAUGACGAAGACAAACCGGGCGAGUGGUCCCAGCUUCACCAUCAAAGUCCAAGUGGAGGACCGCCACCAGACAACCUCUUCGCUCCGUUGUCAGACAGUGACGACGUGGAAUUCCCGUCGAGGAGCAACGCCGACCGUGACGGUGGCGACGACCAAGCGCCGAAAGGCUCUGGGCGGGAGACGGCUCGCCGCAGGAAGAAAACGUCACUCACGAUUAAGAAACACGUCGUCUGCUCAGUUUGCGGUAAAAAUGUGGCCAAAGAAAAAAUCAUUCGACACAUGAGAACGCACACAGGAGAAAAACCCUACAGUUGCUCAGUUUGCAGUAAAACCUUCUCGUCGAGGGAUUACGUGAGCACACACAUGAGAACGCACACCGGAGAAAAACCUUUUGGCUGCACCUUCUGCAAUAAAACAUUCUCGCACAAGUCCCACGUGAUCACGCACGUGAGAAUACACACCGGAGAGAAACCCUACCGCUGCUCCGUGUGCGGGAAAACAUUUGCGUCAAAGGAUUAUGUUUUUUUUUAAUGCAGUAAGACUACAAGGAAAGCGGUCAACAUUUGCAUACAGGCAGACAUACAGCGACCCAAAAUCAGAUGACACAAAUAAAUAGUAUUUCCUAUUUAAAUGGGACCCCCCCCCCCAUUUUCUUUCCAUCUUUCCCCAGUCCACUUUUCAAUACUUGAAGCAAACUCCAUCUCCCACGAGCCAUUGCGGCAUGGCGAGCGCUACAGACCUGCUGUAAAGUGAAAGGGAGCUCCAUCGUGCGCUUGGCCACAAAUACCAA